AUGCGGCGGAGAAGAGUCGAAGAACCCGACGAGAUUCAAGAUGGAGAAUACGAGGAGGAAGAUGACCAACUGAUUGACGAUGGAGAAGAAGAGUAUUAUGAAUAUAUGACGAAGCGAGGAAACUCUACCAGAAAGCGAUCGCGAUCUAGUUUCAUUGACGACGCCGCGGUGGAGGACAACGAGGAAGACGAUGAUGAUGAGGACUAUGGAGGUGGUGGUAGUCGGAGCAAAAGGCGAAAUUCUAGAAAGAAGGGUGAGUGCUUCUUUGAAACUCAGGCCGUUGAGGAUGGCGACGAAGAUGAAGAUGAAGAUGACGAAGCCGAUGGAGGAGAUGACUUUAUUGAUUAUGGUGGACUGGAACUACCCGAGGAAGAUGAUGGCAGACGGGUUCACCAGAGGCCAUUGCACGAGCCAGAAGACGAGCACGAAAUCGUCAGAAGACUCGAGGAAAGAUAUUCGAGAGCAUCUCAACGUGAAAGUGAUGAAGAGGCAAAAGGGACAGGCCAACAGGGUCUCUUGCCUUGUGUACACGACGCAAAGUUUUGGAGGGUGAAAUGUGUGGUAUGCUUUUAUGUUCUUCUGUGCUAUUUGUCUGAUUGUUCUGUCUUUUGUUUUUUCCAUAACAGUAAGGAGUUCUGCUAUAUAUUAGGCUGGACGUGA